AUGACGCGGUCCCCGAUCUACACCGCAGCUGUCGGUCUCGGCCCACAUACUAAUGACCGUCCAGCGCCGCUCCCAACUCCACCCCUUACACAACGCGGAUCUUCACCUUCCCCGUCGGAACGUGCGGGCCGCAAGGCCGCUCCACUCUUUACUCUCUCCGCAACGGUGCUCCCUCUAUCCGACCAACCACCAGAAGAGGAAGACAUCUCUAGUAUCUGGAAUGUCGUCUCGCGUGCAGCCGACGUAGUCAAGGAUAGCGAGCGCCUUGAAAACCUUGCAUGGAGGCACUGGAGCGACGUCCGAGUACGCCGUCGCCGCUCGUCCGCGUCAACAGACACGGCGUCGAGUGCCUCCGUUCACACCCCCGUCGACCAACCCUACCUCCACCACAGACAAAGUUCCGAGAAUCGCCGCUCCUUUGCCAAUAAGCUACAGUUGUUGGUCGAGGAGGACUCUUUCAAGGACUGGAUAGAAGAUGCCCGCGAGAACGCGGCUGCCACGGACGAGUCCCCACGACACGCACCUCAGCUCGCGCUCCCUGACACACCCACUCCCAACCUCGAGAUUCGGCUAGUGGAGCCCACACCAGUGCCGAGCCGUGUCGGCUCGCUCGGCGGCAGCGUGGGCGGAAGCACGCCAUUCACAAAGUCUGUGGCGCAGCUGGCAGUGCGCGAAGAAGAGAUUGAGGAGGAAGUCACGACCGCAGAGGACGAUUCCCCCGAGAUCCAGAGGAUACGGAAGCGCUCUCCCAAGGGCGGCUUCUUCAUUCACCAGAGCCCUGGUAAGGUCAGCGGAGCUUCGGACGGAUCGUCCGAGGCUUCUGCUCCUCCUCCUGCCCCUAUCGUUGCCGAAACGGAACCAGUUGCUCGGGUUGAACAUCAUCAAGCCGAAGCCAACGGUGGCCCGACGGACUCUUCGCAGUGGCGGAGCUCGGCAGAAUCAUCGUCGGCCGUCGUCAUGAAGAAGAAGGAGCCACGUCGGCCUGUGUCCAUGGCCACGAUGCGCGGUAGAUUCCAAGCCGAGAAGAGACUCGCGGUCCAGGCUAUCACCGCUCGGAAGAAGUUGGAGCAACAGCAGGCCGGAACCGCGCCCGAGGAUGACGAUGACGAUGACUCGGAUUGGGAGGACGACGACGAUGAGACGGCGGCUGGGAGCACAAGACCGACAGAUGCUGAGGACGACGACGACGACUGGGAGGACGAGAUGUCGUCUGUAGCGCCAUCGGCCGCGCCGUCGCCGCGCAACGGCAAGAUGAACAAGAAGGAGCGCGCGGCUGCCACCGCCAGACUCGAGCUGGAGAAAGAGGCUAUGCGCAAGCGUGCUAUGUUUGCCAAGAAGCAAAUAGACGCCCCAGCUACCAAGGCGCCCACCGAGGGUCUUCUCAGCCGCGUUUUCCGCACCGGCAAGAGCAUGGUCGACUUAACUCAGGCCAGCAGCUCGGAUGAGAAUGCCGCGUUCCGCCGCACACCUACCCAUGGCAACUUUGGUGCCAUGGCCCAGUCUCCGGCCCCGAUGGCACCGCCCAGGCUGCACUCCAAGAGCGAUGUCACUGUGCCUGUGCAAACCGACGCGAAUGCCACGGCUCGCUCACACAAGUCUGGGACUAGUGACGGCAAGCGAUCGCACCGGUCGGGAACAAGUGACCGGCAAAUCCCUGGCGAUGUUGAGCUGGAGUCGUCUGAGGAAGAGUCCGAGGAUGACAACUACCUUGCGUCAUCGCAAAUACGUGCCAAGCUGGAGGCUCUUGACGCCAAGCGCGCUGCUCGGACUGCAACAGCCACCACGCAGGCGCCUCCCCCCAACGACGCAGCCAUACCCGUACGCGCUCCCGUAUCGGCAGUUGCGAUGGGUGCUGCCAUGGGAGAGUACGACGAGUACGGUGUGGCGCGGCCGAUCUCGCCGACGGCGCGUCGUCGCAUGAUCAUCAUGCGCGAGAUGUCUGAGUCUCUCCGAAGGAAAGACAUCAUCCUCGAGCGCGAGAAGUCAGCAGGACCACCUCGACCUCCCGGCCACCGUCGUCCCCCUCCGUCUGUUCAUACUCACAUGUCUCGUGGAUCCGCCCAGAACCUGGCUCAGCUUCGCGAGCACGCCCGCGAAACUGGGUUCGACACGUCCGGCUUCCAGCGUCAUAGCGCGACUUUCCAGGACAUGCGCCCAGACAAGGCGUUGGAGCGUCACAACUCGCAACCCAACCUCAUGGCGUACGCCGAGAAGCGGAGCCCGCUGGCUGGUCAGGACCAGGUUCCACCGCGCCAGGCGAGCUUGUCGCCCACCGAACAGAAGCGGCGGCAAAAUCUCCUCGGGCAUGGUUUCCUGCGACCCCUGACGCGUGCAGACGAGGGAGGCAUCAACAGAACGCAGUCGGCCGCGGCGUUAAACCUUGGCGUCACUUCGCCUACAAGCGAGCGAACGGUAUCGCCGACCGCGAGCUCGGGGGCUCAUCGCUCAUCGAGCGGUGGUUACCACUCAUCAAGUGGAUUCCACCACCCGCACGCGCACCUCCACGCCACGGCAAUGGUGCGCUCUAGCACCGAAGGUGACCAUGUUGCCCGCGAGCGCUCGAACAAGCGUGAGGCUCAAAGGCGACAGGAGAGGACAGACACCGGGUACCGGUUCCACGGGUGGUGA